CACAGAUGAACAACCCCAAAUCUGGCCUCUUUUCCCCUCCAGUGUCUAGUGUCAUUUGUGAGGCAGGGUCCCUGUUGCUAAAACUCAUUUUUGUUUUGUUGAAAGGCGUCUAGGCUGAACAGACCUUCCCUGCAGCCCCUGCUCAGAGCUGUCCCAGACACGGUGUUCAGCAGGGUGUGCAAAACAGCCAGCCCCUUCUUCCAGCAUCCAGGUCCUGCCCCAGCAAUCCUGGUCCUGUGGACUUGCAAGCAAUCCAGUCCUUUGGUGCUCUGGUUCCAUCUUAAAAGAGGCUCAGCUUGACUUCAGAAGAACAGUUUGGAGGAGGUACCAUGCGGGCACUGUGCCUGCUUUGCUGGGCUGUUCUCCUGAACCUGGUGCAAGCUUGUCCAGACCCUUGUGACUGUGGGGAGAAGUAUGGCUUCCAGAUUGCAGACUGUGCCUACCGUGACCUUGAGGGUGUGCCACCGGGCUUCCCGGCCAACGUGACCACACUGAGCCUGUCAGCCAACAGGCUGCCAGGCCUGCCGGAGGGAGCCUUCAGGGAGGUGCCCCUUCUGCAGUCGCUGUGGCUGGCACACAACGAGAUCCGCUCGGUGGCUGUUGGUGCUCUGGCCCCUCUGGGUCAUCUCAAGAGUCUGGACCUCAGUCACAACCUCAUCUCUGAGUUUGCCUGGAGUGACCUGCAUAAUCUCAGUGCUUUGCAGUUGCUCAAGAUGGACAGCAACGAGUUGUCUUUCAUCCCCCGAGACGCCUUCCGCAGCCUCCAUGCCCUGCGCUCUCUGCAGCUCAAUCACAACCGCCUGCACGCUCUGGCCGAGGGCACCUUUGCACCACUCACCGCACUGUCCCACUUGCAGAUCAAUGACAACCCUUUUGACUGCACCUGCGGCAUUGUGUGGUUCAAGACCUGGGCCCUGGCCACAGCAGUUUCUAUUCCAGAGCAGGACAACAUCGCCUGUACUUCGCCCCAUGUGCUAAAGGGUACCCCACUGAGCCGCCUGCCACCCCUGCCCUGCUCAGCACCCUCAGUGCAGCUAAGCUACCAGCCCAGCCAGGACGGAGCAGAGCUGCGGCCUGGCUUCGUGCUGGCUCUUCACUGCGACGUGGAUGGACAGCCAGUCCCCCAGCUUCACUGGCAUAUUCACACCCCCGGCGGCACCGUGGAGAUCACCAGUCCUAAUGUAGGCACUGAUGGACGUGCCCUGCCUGGUGCCCUUGCGGCCAGUGGGCGGCCACGCUUCCAAGCCUUUGCCAACGGCAGCCUGCUUAUCCCUGACUUUGGCAAGCUGGAGGAGGGCACUUAUAGCUGCCUGGCCACCAAUGAACUAGGCAGUGCUGAGAGCUCUGUGAACGUGGCACUGGCCACUCCAGGUGAGGGAGGAGAGGAUGUAGUGGGGCGCAAGUUCCACAGCAAAGCAGUGGAGGGCAAGGGCUGCUACACGGUUGACAAUGAGGUACAGCCAUCCGGACCCGAGGACAAUGUGGUUAUCAUCUAUCUCAGCCGUGCUGGGCCCCCAGAGGCUGCCAUAGCCGCGGAGGGGAAGCCUGCGCAGCAGCUCUCAGGCAUGCUGUUGCUAGGCCAAAGCCUGCUUGUUCUCUUCCUUGCCUGCUUCUAGCCACACCCUGCCCCGGCUGGCUCGAGCAGCCCCAGGGCCUUCCUAACUCCUCCUGACCAUGUUCCUGCCAAUGUUCCUACUAAUGAGGUCUGGAAUUGGUGAGGCCUGAGGUUGGCCUGGGGACUUCACAUUUUCCUACCUCCCUUUCUAAGCCCUUCCAGGCCACUCAUUGCUCCAACUUGCUGAUCUGCUCAGAGGGCAACUGGUACAGAACUGUAUCCCAGAACUCUUUGUCUCUGGUGCUAAUUGCUGCUAAUAGUAUUGCCUAUGCUCCUAUCAGGGCAGCAUGCUAACAGGGCAACAAUGAUGCCACUUUGAGAGUUCUAGGCACUGAGAUAAGGAGCUUGGGGAGGCCAUCAAGGUUGCACUGGGGCUGGGCUGGAAGGGAACCUGGAAUGGCCAGUAUAGGAUCUGGAAAAGAGGUACCACAGGCAAGGGCUAGGAAAGCUAAAAGCUCUCCCUGUCCUCCUAAUGCUCUCUAUUGAGAUGUGGAAAUUGUGCCUGGCUGUGCCUCUCUCUCCCCUCUCACCCCAAACCCCACAGUUUCUGCCUGUCUCUUGAGACACUUGCUCUUCCUUUCUUUCCAAGUAUGCACCAGUAGCCUGUCCCUCCAGAGAAGCUAGCCAGUCUGAAAUAAACAUAAGAAAUAAGCAGAAGAAAUAAACAACA